GUAGUUAGUACUUGACAGUGACCCGAGUCAGACGCAGUCCAGUGACGGUUCAGUGUUGUGUGACAAAAAAAAAAUAAACAAACAAUGAAAAUAAAAUUUGCGGUCACCGUGAUUCUGUGUAUUUUGGGUCACGCGUGGUCGUGGGGUCGAGGUGACUUGGAGAAGUAUGGUCCGUUCCAAUUGGCUUUACAUUCAAAAUUAAUAAAAUGUGAACACGAUAGAACACUGAAUUUGGAUGUCAGCGGCAUAGACGUAUACUUUUAUGACUUUCCAAGGAACGAUGUCGAAACAUUCACCAUUGACAACGCAGCUAAGGGAAUACUUUCACUAAACGAACUGGAUAAAACGAAAAAGUUCCUGAUCUUCGUCGGUGGAUUCAAAUCUAACAUUAACAAGAAAACAGAGGAACGUGUUAGGGAUACAUUCAGAAAUUAUCCAAACAGCUACUUAGUUAUUCUUGACCAUUCCCCGUACACAAACGACAGACAAGGGCACAUUAAAAGUUACGAAAGAUCCGUCAAGUACGUUCACUACAUUGGGAAAGCGUUGGCCCAAAUGCUGACGGGUUUGAAGGAAGGUGGGAUAUCUUCUAAAAAUAUACACUGUAUUGGCCAUAGUUUAGGAGCUCAAAUUUUGGGCCAUACUGGUGAAAUAUUUUACAAUAGCACUGGUACCAAAAUUGCAAGAAUUACUGCUUUGGAUCCAGCUGGACCUUGUUUUUCCAACAGCUUGAUACAGGAACAGGUUCGGUCUGGUGUGGCGGAUUAUGUCGAAGUGUACCAUUGUAACUCUGGUGGGUUGGGGACAACUAGUAUUUUGGGAGACAUAGAUUUCAUUAUCAACAAGAAAGGUUCAACUCAGCCGAAUUGUAAAACACCUUUGGUACCAGGUAUAUUUGACUCUUCGAAAGCUGCAAAAUGUAAUCAUAGAGCAUGCAUUGAUAUUUACACGGCAACUGUAAGUAAUCCGAAUUGGUUUUUGGCGUGGAAGUGUGAGACAUACAAAUCAUUUAGAAAAGGUCAUUGUUAUACAAACGAAAGCACCAUCGCCGGUUUCUGGAAUCCCGGUAACGCGACCGGUGUUUAUUACGUUUCAACCGAUGGCUACGAUAUAUAAUAGAAAAAAAUGUAUUAAUUAUUCAUAUUAUUUAUUAAAAUAGCUUUUUAAAUAUAUUAAUUGCCAUUUAAAGAAAGUACACCAGCAUUAUUGCGUUUUAUAUUAAGUUAUCUUUUAAUAAAAUUGAAUAUUUGUUUUCGAUACAAUAAAUGAUAUAUUAUAAAUAGA